UCUCUUUCUCUCUCUCUUUCUUUCUCUCUCCGGUGAACGGUAGCCUAUAAUCCCCUGCCGUCCCUGCUUCACUCCAAGCCCGUAUUUAAUUCCCUUAAACCCCCAGCUGCCGUUCUGGUUCCUCUGUGAACACGACAGACUGUGAAGCGCUCCCGGUUAUUAAUAAUUCACCAGCCACUGCACGAAUCCAUCCACAGAUCAACCCGACCGUUCUGCACGGGCCACGCAAGGCUAGCACGUUUAUUUUGGCAACUGCUCUUACUCGGGCUACUUAACAUACAUUAAUUAGUUAUUUGAAACGUUAGCGCGCAGCCGUUAUUCGUUUCAGCGACGUAAAAGUCUGUAUUCCUUUCACGCAUCGCUUAUGAUUCCGCAAUAUCCACUUUGCGCGAAUUGACGUCCUCUCCAUAAUAAUUGAUCGAGUAAUCCGUGCACCGAGGAGGAGGAGGAGGUCAUGGAGAUCACCCUGAAGAGGUCUCCAGUGGGAUGGUUGGAGAUCGAGCACCAAUUCGCCCAGAGUCCGUGAGCUGAAGCUGCGCAGGAAGAAAGUUACUGUCGCACGGCGCGAUCGACACAAACCACCGGAGAGACGCUGGAACCGGGACGGAUCCGUACCGGAGAGCUUCGGAGAACGGAGGAACGGUCGUGCUGAAUCUUAUCCGGUUUCAUCCGAAUGCGCGGGUUUGUUUUGUUUUUUUUUGUACCGAAACGAUCCCCGCGAAAGAUUCCGUGCGUAAAAAGUUGGCUAUUUUCCGCGAUCCACGGGCCCGUCCCGCAACCCGGUUCUUCUGCUUCCGGUAUCAACGGAGAAAACCGACUCAUUUGCUUUUGCUCUCCCACCACGCUGCUUUUUUUCGGGGGAAAGUUUUUUUUUCCCUAAAGGAGUAAAAUGGGUCUUUGAGACUGUUGGCAAUAUUCCCCGCUGCACAAUGGCCACCGAACCGUUUCUGGUGAAUGAAGACCCGUCCAGAGGUCCUGGGAUACCAGAGUGUUUCGUAGUGUCGGAUUCCUACAGGGAUGAAUUUCAUCCCUUCAUCGAGGCUUUGCUGCCACACGUCCGUGCGUUCUCCUACACCUGGUUCAACCUCCAGGCCCGCAAGCGCAAGUACUUCAAGAAGCACGAGAAGCGCAUGACGAAGGACGAGGAGCGCGCCGUCAAAGACGAACUCCUGGGCGAGAAGCCUGAGAUCAAGCAGAAGUGGGCGUCCCGUCUGCUCGCCAAGCUCCGCAAAGACAUCCGGCCGGAGUUCCGUGAGGACUUCGUGCUCACCAUCACGGGGAAGAAGCCGCCGUGCUGCGUGCUGUCCAACCCCGACCAGAAGGGCAAGAUCCGCCGCAUCGACUGCCUGCGGCAAGCGGACAAGGUCUGGCGCCUGGACCUGGUGAUGGUGAUCCUGUUCAAGGGAAGCCCGUUGGAGAGCACAGACGGAGAGAGGCUGGUCAAGUCGCCGCAGUGCUCCAACCAUGGCCUCUGCGUGCAGCCACACCACAUCGGAGUGUCCGUGAAAGAACUGGACCUGUAUCUGGCCUACUUUGUCCACACGCCAGAAUCUGGACAAUCGGAUAACUCCAACCAACAAGGAGAAGCAGACAUCAAGCCUCCGCCCAAUGGGCACUUGAGUUUCCAGGACUGCUUCGUGACGUCAGGCGUAUGGAACGUGGCGGAGUUGGUCCGUGUGUCACAGACACCAGUUGCCACAGCAAGCGGACCCAACUUCUCUCUGGCCGACCUUGACAGUCCAGGAUAUUACAACAUCAACCUGGGUCGCCGCUCCAUUACGUCCACGCCAUCGACCAGGACUGAGAUGGAGUUGUAUGCCAGUCUCCCGCGGAGCUCCAACAAGCGUAAAUCCAUUGAUGACAGUGAGAUGGAGAGCCCCGUGGACGAAGUCUUCUAUUCGGGCCGUUCUCCUGCCCCGGGAGUGUCCCAGCCCAGCGGCUGGCCCAAUGAUGUUGAUGCAGUGCAACACCAUUUGGCCAGUAUGCAGGAGAGGAAGAUAAAACACGAAAACGAUGGCGUGCAGUUUCCUUACCAUGGACUCUCGUCGCCUGGUUCUCUUAAGAAGUCGGGGAAAUUCGAUUUCAGCGCUCUGUCCGGCCAUACGAGGUCUGCACGCAUGCCGUUCACCCAUCACCCGCUGCCCAUGCUGGCAGGUGUAAGACCAGCAGGAAGUCCCCGCGCCUCAGCUUCCUCCCUGCACUUCCCCUCACCCUCCAUUAUCCAGCAGUCCAGCCCGUACUUCACCCAUCCCACCAUCCGAUACCACCACCACCCGGGACAGGACCCGCUCAAGGAGUUCGUGCAGUUCGUGUGUGCCGACGGAUCAGGACAGGCUAGUGGUCAGCCGAACGGGAGCGGCCAGAGCAAAAUGCCGGGCUCCUUCUUGCUGCCUCCACCCCCCCCUGUGGCGCGUCCAGUGCCCCUCCCAAUGCCAGACUCUAAAUCCAGCAGCACGCCCCCCGAUGGCGGACUCACCUCACCCACAUCUCCGUCAUACUCCACGCCAGGCUCCACAGCUCCCAACAGGUUUGUCAGCAUCGGAUCACGGGACAACAACUUUCUGAACAUACCCCAGCAGACGCAGUCAUGGUUCCUUUGACGAGGUCCUGCCUGCAACCUGUCGACACAAUUUGGAAGUUUUAUGACAAAAAAAAAAUCCUGUUUGAAAAUCCCCUCCGACCCGAAACGCACCCUAAGAAACGUGAGCAGCAUAUGAUUGGGAAACGUUCGACCCUGUAUUCGCCAACCGUCAGACGCCCUUCAAGCCCGCUCCUCCACCUUUGACAAAGACUUUCAGAUCACAGCAGGAGGUGAGGGACCGACACGCACCUACAGCAUCUCGCAACAGCCGUCACCAAACCAACGGCAACAUAGAGGAGGAUGAGAACAUGUUACUAGAACAAGGAAGUAGUGUACAAUGGCUGGGAUUAUCAACAGUUUCAGUGGUGAGGAUUCAGACACAA